CCAGCCAUCGGGGUGGGCAGCGCCUUCGAAGGUUGGAGUCCUUGUGAGGGUGAUGCUGUCUACCGCAUGUUCGUGCCCCUGAAGCCCCCCCGUGGGCACACGUUCCACCUGGAGCUGGGCACUGUGGGGGAGAUGCCAGUGAAGGACUCCCACAUCCGCGUGGAGCUGGAGUGCACCUGCGCAGGGGAGGGGCUGGUGGAGGACAUGCUGUGCUUCCUCCACCACCCCGAGGAGGAGCUGAGGAGAAAACAGGAUCCCAGCCCUAAACAACCUAUGCACCUCCUACACACCCUCUGCACUGGCUCCUACCUAGAUGUGGAGAAAACUGUCCUUUGGUUCCAGAACUUUGUGAAGUCAGCCUGGAUGAUGGGGUCUUAUUUCCGUCGCUACAAUAUGAAGGUACUGCCCUCCCGCAAUUCCUGCAAGCUGCAGCUGAUGAAUGCCUUCUGGAGAAUCCUCAUCACUGAGAUUAUCUUUGGGGUGCAGCAAGGCAACUCAGACAUCUUCCUGUGCAGCCAGACUACAGAGACCAUCUUCACACCAAGGACAACGUGGCCAGAGACCUACGUUGUGGCAGAGGCAAAGUUCUUCAGCCAUGUGGCGAGGCAGGCUCCACGUGACAGCUUCCACCUCAAAUGCCUGCAGCUCUGCGCCCACAUCCUGGUGGGCACAAGUUUUUCCACCUAUUUCUUGAAGACAAUUGUGAUGCACCUCCUGACAAGCAUCCCUGUGUCAGACUGGCGCAGGAGGGAUUUCCUGAUGCGGCUGCUGGAUAUCAUGCAGUACCUGCGCUACUGCCUGGAGGAGAAACGCCUUGACCACUUCUUCUUUGGCAACGAGAACAUGCCCGAGGAGAUAACCUUGCCCCCAGCUUUCCAAACAGCCACACCACCCAAUCUCUUCCAGCACCUGGAGGAGGAUCCAGUGGCUCACACCAAUGCACUGCGUGAAUACAAUGACCUGCAAGAUCGGCUCAUAAGACUGCUGUUCUACGGAUACUGA